AUGGCGUCGCUGCCUCCUCCCCCGCCCCCCGGCUGGGGUGCAUCGGCACCGCCUUCCGUGCCGUUGGCGCCUCCGCCGCCGGGAUAUCAACCACCGGCGGAUCCAACGGUCGCGAAGUUCGCUCAGAAGAAGAAUGAGUGGCUGCGCACGCAACGUAACCGCUUCGGCGAGAAGCGGAAGGGCGGGUUCGUUGAAACACAGAAGGCCGAUAUGCCGCCAGAACAUCUGCGGAAGAUCGUACGGGAUAUUGGCGACGUGUCGCAGAAAAAGUUCAGCAAUGAGAAGCGCAGCUAUCUUGGUGCCCUGAAGUUCAUGCCUCACGCUGUCCUUAAAUUGCUCGAGAACAUGCCUAUGCCUUGGGAAUCCGCCAGAGAAGUGAAGGUCCUGUACCAUGUCAACGGCUGUCUGACACUGGUCAACGAGACCCCCCGAGUCAUCGAACCCGUCUUUCACGCGCAAUGGGCCACAAUGUGGGUGUGCAUGCGACGAGAGAAGAGCGACCGCAGACACUUCAAGCGCAUGCGCUUCCCUCCCUUCGACGAUGAAGAGCCCCCGCUUUCGUGGUCGGAGAACAUCGAGGAUGUCGAGCCUCUGGAGCCCAUCCAGAUGGAGCUCGAUGAGGCGGAAGACGAGCCGGUUUACGAAUGGUUCUACGAUCACCGCCCUCUCCUUGAUACGCCUCAUGUGAAUGGGCCGAGCUACAAGAAAUGGAACUUGACGCUUCCACAGAUGGCGACCCUCUACCGACUAAGUCACCAGUUACUGAGCGAUGUUGUCGACCAGAACUACUUCCAUAUGUUUGACCUCAACAGCUUCUUCACCGCCAAGGCUCUCAAUGUCGCUAUUCCCGGUGGACCGCGCUUCGAGCCUUUGUACAAGGAUAUUGACCCGAAUGACGAAGACUUCAGCGAAUUCAACGCCAUCGAUCGGAUCAUCUUCCGCGCGCCCAUUCGAACCGAAUACAGAGUUGCCUUCCCUUUCCUGUACAACACUCUGCCCAGAAGCGUGAAAGUUUCUUGGUACUCUCACCCUCAAGUUGUCUACGUUCGGACCGACGACCCAAACCUUCCUGCCUUUUACUUCGACCCUGUAAUUAAUCCCAUUUCGUCCCGGUCCGUCGCACCAAAAAACAUCACAGUUAGCCAUGAGGAUGAGAUCUUCGGUCCUGGAAACAACGAAGAUGACGAGUUCGAGCUUCCCGGAGAGGUUGAGCCUUUCUUCGCCGACGAGGAACUUUACACUCCGGAGACUGCGUCCGCUAUCGCCUUGUGGUGGGCCCCCCAUCCAUUCAACAAGCGUUCUGGAAAGAUGGUGCGCGCGCAGGAUGUGCCAUUGGUCAAGCAGUGGUAUCUUGAACACUGCCCCCAGGGUCAGCCCGUGAAAGUCCGCGUUUCUUAUCAGAAGCUCCUGAAGACCUACGUCCUUAAUGAGCUGCAUAAGAAGAAACCCAAGGCCCAGAACAAGCAGAAUCUGCUGAAGACCCUGAAGUCCACCAAGUUCUUCCAGCAGACUACCAUUGACUGGGUCGAGGCUGGUCUCCAGGUCUGUCGCCAGGGUUUCAACAUGCUCAAUUUGUUGAUCCACCGGAAGAACUUGACGUACCUGCAUCUCGACUACAACUUCAACCUGAAGCCCGUCAAGACCCUGACCACCAAGGAGCGAAAGAAGUCCCGUUUCGGAAACGCCUUCCACCUGAUGAGAGAAAUCCUUCGCCUUACGAAACUGAUUGUCGACGCCCAGGUCCAGUAUCGUCUGGGUAACAUCGAUGCUUUCCAACUGGCUGAUGGUAUCCUUUAUGCUUUCAACCACGUCGGACAGUUGACGGGUAUGUACCGUUACAAGUACAAGCUGAUGCACCAGAUUCGAUCCUGCAAGGACCUGAAGCAUCUGAUUUACUAUCGGUUCAACUCAGGGCCAGUCGGCAAGGGUCCUGGCUGUGGUUUCUGGGCUCCUGCUUGGCGUGUCUGGCUGUUCUUCAUGCGCGGUAUCAUCCCUCUGCUUGAGAGAUGGCUUGGGAACUUGCUGUCUCGUCAGUUCGAGGGUCGCCACAGCAAGGGUGUUGCAAAGACAGUUACUAAGCAGCGUGUUGAAUCUCACUUCGAUCUCGAACUUCGUGCGUCCGUCAUGGCCGAUCUCAUGGAUAUGAUGCCGGAGGGUAUCAAGCAGAAUAAGGUCAACACUGUCCUGCAGCAUCUCUCGGAAGCAUGGAGAUGCUGGAAGAGUAACAUUCCGUGGAAGGUUCCUGGUCUCCCUGCUCCGAUUGAAAAUAUCAUUCUUCGUUACGUCAAGAGCAAAGCCGACUGGUGGAUUUCUGUUGCCCAUUACAACCGUGAGAGAAUUCGCCGCGGUGCUACGGUGGACAAGACUGUGGCGAAGAAAAACCUUGGUCGGCUCACUCGUCUGUGGCUGAAGGCCGAGCAAGAAAGACAACACAAUUACCUGAAGGAUGGUCCUUAUGUGUCGUCGGAAGAAGCUGUGGCCAUUUACACGACCAUGGUGCAUUGGCUCGAGUCCCGCAAGUUCUCGCCGAUUCCUUUCCCCAGUGUCUCUUACAAGCAUGACACCAAGAUCCUGAUCCUUGCUCUGGAGCGGUUGCGCGAAGCCUACUCUGUCAAGGGCCGGCUAAACCAGAGCCAGCGUGAGGAGCUGGCACUCAUCGAACAAGCGUAUGAUUCUCCUGGUACGACGCUGGCCCGGAUCAAGCGAUUCCUCUUGACUCAGCGUGCGUUCAAGGAAGUUGGCAUCGAUAUGAAUGACAAUUACAGCAACAUCAACCCCGUCUAUGAUGUUGAGCCUAUUGAGAAGAUUACCGAUGCAUACCUCGACCAGUACCUUUGGUACCAGGCAGAGCAGCGUCACCUUUUCCCCGCUUGGAUCAAACCAUCGGAUUCUGAGGUUCCUCCCCUGCUGACGUAUAAGUGGGCGCAAGGAAUCAACAACCUGUCUAAUGUCUGGGAAACGGCUGAUGGCGAGACGAACGUGAUGAUUGAGACUGAACUGUCGAAGGUUUAUGAGAAGAUCGAUCUGACCCUCCUGAACCGGUUACUGCGGUUGAUCAUGGAUCACAAUUUGGCGGACUAUAUCACUUCCAAGAACAACGUCCAGCUUAGUUACAAGGAUAUGAACCAUACAAACAGCUAUGGCUUGAUCCGAGGUCUUCAAUUCUCCGGCUUUGUCUUCCAAUAUUAUGGACUGAUGAUCGAUCUGCUGCUUCUUGGCCUUCAGAGAGCCAGUGAGAUGGCUGGUCCUCCUCAGAGCCCCAACGACUUCCUGCAAUUCAGAGACCGUGCCACGGAGACAAGACACCCCAUCCGGUUGUACACCCGCUAUGUCGACAAGAUCUGGGUGUUCUUCCGUUUCUCUGCCGAUGAGUCCCGGGAUCUUAUCCAGCGCUUCUUGACUGAGAAUCCCGACCCCAAUUUUGAAAAUGUGAUUGGUUAUAGAAACAAGAAAUGCUGGCCUCGUGAUUGCCGUAUGCGCUUGAUGCGACAUGAUGUCAAUCUUGGCAGGGCUGUGUUCUGGGACUUGAAGAACCGACUGCCGCGAUCUAUAACGACCAUUGAAUGGGAUGAUACUUUCGCCAGUGUGUACAGCAAGGACAACCCCAAUCUGCUGUUCUCUAUGAGUGGAUUUGAAGUUCGGAUCCUUCCCAAGUGCCGCAACCAGAAUGAGGAAUUCUCGGUCAAGGACAGUGUCUGGUCUUUGGUUGAUAACAGCACUAAGGAACGCACUGCCCAUGCUUUCCUUCAGGUCACGGAAGAGGACAUCCAGAAAUUCAACAACCGUAUCCGACAGAUCUUGAUGUCGUCUGGUUCGACUACGUUCACGAAGAUCGCCAACAAGUGGAACACUGCUUUGAUUGCUCUGUUCACCUACUACCGUGAAGCUGCCGUGUCCACGGUCAACCUUUUGGACACUAUUGUCAAAUGUGAGACUAAGAUCCAGACGCGUGUCAAGAUCGGUUUGAACUCCAAAAUGCCUUCGCGUUUCCCACCAGCUGUCUUCUACACCCCUAAGGAACUGGGAGGUCUGGGUAUGAUUUCUGGAUCCCACAUCCUCAUUCCAGCCAGCGAUAAGCGGUGGUCGAAGCAAACAGACACAGGUAUCACCCACUUCCGCGCGGGUAUGUCACAUGACGAGGAAACCCUCAUCCCCAACAUCUUCCGGUACAUCAUCCCUUGGGAGGCUGAGUUCAUCGACUCGCAACGAGUGUGGAUGGAAUACUCCCAGAAGCGAAUGGAAGCCCAGCAGCAGAACCGCCGUUUGACCUUGGAGGACCUGGAGGACAGCUGGGAUCGUGGUCUCCCUCGAAUCAACACCCUCUUCCAGAAGGAUCGCAGCACCCUCAGUUUCGACAAGGGAUUCCGUCUUCGGGCAGAAUUCAAGCAAUACCAGCUGAUGAAGAGCAAUCCGUUCUGGUGGACCAGCCAGCGUCAUGAUGGAAAGCUGUGGAAUCUCAACGCUUAUCGUACCGACGUUAUCCAGGCUCUUGGUGGUGUCGAAACUAUCCUGGAACAUACUCUGUUCAAGGCAACUGCGUUCCCAUCUUGGGAAGGUCUAUUCUGGGAAAGGGCUAGCGGCUUCGAAGAAUCUAUGAAAUUUAAGAAGCUUACGAACGCUCAAAGAUCCGGUCUGAAUCAAAUUCCCAACCGUCGGUUCACUCUGUGGUGGUCUCCAACCAUCAACCGUGCCAACGUGUACGUUGGUUUCCAGGUCCAGCUGGAUCUUACUGGUAUCUUCUUGCACGGAAAGAUCCCUACCUUGAAGAUUUCCCUGAUCCAGAUCUUCCGUGCCCACUUGUGGCAGAAGAUUCACGAGUCUGUGGUCAUGGACUUGUGCCAAGUCUUUGACCAGGAGCUUGAGCAGCUUGGUAUCGAAGCCGUCCAGAAGGAAACCAUCCACCCGCGUAAGUCAUACAAGAUGAACAGCUCGUGUGCCGAUAUCCUGCUUUUCGCUACGAACAAGUGGAAUGUCACUCGCCCUUCGUUGCUGUUUGAUACGAAGGAUGUAUACGAGCCUACCACGACGAACAAGUUCUGGCUCGACGUCCAGCUGAGGUACGGUGAUUACGACUCUCACGACAUCGAAAGAUACGUUCGCGCCAAGUACCUGGACUACACGACAGACAGCAUGAGCAUCUACCCUUCGGCCACUGGUUUGAUGAUUGGCAUCGAUCUUGCGUACAAUCUCUACUCGGCUUAUGGCCAGUACUUCCCUGGGUUGAAGACGCUUAUUCAGCAAGCGAUGGCCAAGAUCAUGAAGGCCAACCCUGCCCUGUAUGUCUUGCGUGAACGUAUUCGGAAGGGUCUGCAGCUGUAUGCUUCAGAAAGCAACCAGGAGUUCCUCAACUCUCAGAACUACUCGGAGCUCUUCAGCCCUCAAAUCCAACUGUUCAUCGACGAUACGAACGUCUACCGUGUCACCAUCCACAAGACCUUCGAAGGUAACCUGACGACGAAGCCCAUCAACGGUGCCAUCUUCAUCUUCAAUCCCAGAACCGGACAGCUCUUCCUUAAGAUUAUCCACACCAGCGUCUGGGCUGGGCAGAAGCGAUUGGGUCAGCUUGCCAAAUGGAAGACUGCGGAAGAAGUGGCGGCGCUUAUCCGGUCCUUGCCUGUGGAAGAGCAACCGAAGCAGCUCAUUGUUACUCGGAAGGGUCUUCUGGAUCCCCUGGAAGUCCAUCUCCUUGACUUCCCUAACAUUUCCAUCCGCGCCUCGGAACUCCAGCUGCCUUUCCAGGCUGCCAUGAAGGUCGAGAAGCUUGCAGACAUGAUUCUUCGGGCGACCGAACCGCAGAUGGUCCUCUUUAACCUUUACGAUGAGUGGCUGAAGUCCAUCUCGCCUUACACUGCGUUCUCUCGCUUGAUCCUUAUUCUCCGUGCUCUUCAUGUCAACAUCGACAAGGCCAAGAUCAUCCUUCGCCCAGACAAGACCGUCAUUACGCAGGAGCAUCAUAUCUGGCCUUCGUUGUCGGAUGAGGACUGGAUCAAGGUUGAAGUCCAGCUGCGUGAUCUAAUUCUCAACGACUACGGCAAGAAGAACAACGUCAAUGUCCAGAGCUUGACCAGUAGCGAAGUCCGGGACAUCAUUCUGGGUAUGGAAAUCAGCGCGCCAUCUCUGCAGCGACAGCAGGCGGCCGAGAUCGAAAAGCAGCAGGAAGAGCAGAAGCAGCUUACUGCUGUGACUACGAAGACGCAGAACGUCCGUGGCGAGGAUAUCAUUGUUACGACCACUUCUCAGUACGAACAGCAGUCAUUCGCAUCCAAGACGGAAUGGCGCACCCGCGCUAUCGCGACGUCCAACCUGCGUACGAGGGCCAACAAUAUCUACAUCAACUCGGACGAGAUUCGCGACGAGGGUUACACGUACGUGAUGCCCAAGAACAUUCUGAAGCGCUUCAUCACGAUCGCGGAUCUCCGCGUCCAGGUUGCCGGAUACCUGUACGGUAGCUCCCCUGCCGAUAACGACCAGGUUAAGGAGAUCCGCACUAUCGUCAUGAUUCCCCAGGUUGGCAGUACGCGCGAAGUUCAGCUGCCCCACCAGCUGCCACAGCAUGAUUACCUGAACAACCUUGAGCCCCUGGGUGUGAUCCACACCAUUUCGGGCAAUGAGCCACCGUACAUGACGGCGAUGGACGUCACCCAGCACGCGCGUCUCAUGAACGAACAUUCGUCGUGGGACAAGAAGACUGUCACCAUGACUGUGUCGUUCACUCCAGGAUCUGUGUCUCUGGCGGCCUGGGGCCUUACUCCCCAAGGAUACAAGUGGGGAGCGGAGAACAAGGACACCACAUCGGACCAACCGCAGGGAUUUUCAACUAGCAUGGGCGAGAAGUGUCAGCUGCUGCUUAGUGAUCGGAUCCGCGGGUACUUCCUGGUACCUGAGGAUAAUGUGUGGAACUAUAGUUUCAUGGGUAGCUCCUUUGGCAGUGUUGAGAAACGGCCAGUCUAUGUCAAGAUCGACACUCCCCUGAGAUUCUACGACGAUCAGCACCGGCCGCUCCACUUCCAGAACUUUGCGGAGCUUGAAGACAUUUGGGUUGACCGGACCGAUAACUUUGCAUGA